AUGGGCGGAGGUAGUUCACGACGUAAAAAGGCUAAUACACCUAUUCCAACUUAUGCAGCAGCUGGAGGUGGAACACCAGGUAUAAGUCGACCUGCUAUUCCCGUUACUACGGGUAUUGGAGGUGCAGCACCUGUCAAUCCUAAUCAGCAACGAGAUCUUAUGCAAGCUAAUCAAACAAUAGCAAAUUUACAGAAUCAAAUUAAUGCUAUGCAGCGAGGUGGUAGUGGUCCUAUUGGCAUACCACAAGCGCCUUAUGGUGGUUAUCCAAUGCCAGGUAACUAUCCAAUGUCAGGUAAUUAUCCAAUGUCAGGUGGUACUCCGCCACAAAUGCCUUAUGGUACACCACCGGGCAUGCCUUACGGAACUCCACCAUAUGCACCUUCAAACUUCGGUGGUCAAUAUCCAUAUCAACAACAACAGCAACAACCAAUGAUGGGUAUGGGCAUGGGUAUGGGCGGUGGUGGUGGUUAUCGAGAUACUGAUUUUGGAGCUGUUGCUAAUAUAGCUGGUUUAAAUCCAGGUGAUAUCGCACUUCUUCAUCGAGAAUUUACGAAUUUAACACGUGGUGGUACGAAUAAAAUUGAUCGUACUGUUUUUCGUCAAAUAUUACGAGAUGUUCUACUGGAAGCUAAUAAUGAACAUGUUGAUCGUGCUAUUGAAAAUAUGUUUAUUACAAUCGAUCGAAAUCAUGAUGGUUUUAUUGAUUUUCCAGAAUUUGUUGGUGCAUUUAAAGAUGUAUUAAAAGGGAAUGCAGGAGAUCCUCAAAGUUAUUUUCAUGACCAUGCUUAUCCUGAUAUACUAAGUGAACAAUUACGAGCAAGUGGUGUUGGUGGUGGUAUAGGUCAACAACCAAUAGCUCAACAACAAAUACAAUAUAUUCAACAACCACAAGCAGCACAACAAGUUGUUACAACUGGUGGCCUAAGUUUAGUACCCUUAGCAUCGACUGCUGUUCAACAAGUACCACUUGUUUGUAGUCCUGCAAAUUCUAUGCAAUUUACAGAUGCAAGUGCACCUUUUCUUACUCUUGAUCCCAAUCAGUCAUCUUAUGUAAUUGCAACACCCGGACAAUAUCUGAUAACACAGCCAACUGCUUUACAAUGUGUACCUCUACCAAUGAUGUGA